UCACAUUCUUGGCAGGAACGAGUCGGUUUUCAAAAGUUUCAGGAACUUGCUUGGAGAUGUUUGUAGCGAUAAAACAUUAAAUUGAAAGAGUUAUCAAAAGGAUUUUGCUUUUAUGACGGCAGAUAAGCGGAAAAAUGAUCGGACCGGGGCCUUACAGAGCAACAAAGCUGUGGAAUGAAACCAUCAGGCUGUUUCGUGAUGGGAUGCCCGUAAAACGUCAUUGGGCUCAUUUCAGAAGUUACGAUCAGAGUUUCACCGGAGCUGAAGCUGUUGAUUUUCUUCAUGAACUGCUCAGACAGAACCAGAACUUUGGCCCAGAGGUGACACGAUAUCAAACGCUGCAGUUACUCAAAAAAUACCUUAAAAAUCACGUCAUCGAGGAUGUCAAAGGACGAUACGGAAAAGAGGAUUUUGAGGAUAACGGACGUCUAUAUAGAUUUCCUCCCCAGUCACCUCUGAAACCUCUGCCUGUACGUCCACCUGUAAGAGAUUACAAGGCAGUUCCCAGAAUUCCACGCUGGGAUGAUUUUGAGGAAAUUCCAGUGCCUGAAAAGAUACCCAUGAAACCUCUUGUUAUGAAUUCAACUUCAUGGAAUAAACGGCACAGCAUAGCCAUCGGUGAGGUGCCCGAAUGUAGAUUAGUCACGAGGAGAGAAUUAACACCUAAACAUGUGGACCAGAUAUGGAAGUCAAUGACGCUUGCACAUUUACAGAGUGUUUUGGGUCUUCGGUCGAUGGAUGGGGUUUUAGAUGCGAAACUCUUGAGCUCAAAGCACAUUGUGCACAACGUGUUCAGUGUCAAUAAGCAGGGCAUUGUAGUCCUGCAGAGCAAAGCAGAUGAUUUGCCACACUGGGUGUUAUCUGCUAUGAAAUGUCUGGCAAACUGGCCCAAUGGCAAUGACGAUAGGCAGCCCAUGUAUCCGGGGUUCGAGAGAGACGUAUUUAAGACGGUGUCUGAACAUUUCCAGAGAUUAAAAGAGCCAUUGUUAACUUUCCAUCUGUAUGAAAUAUUUGUCAGUAUUUUGGGUCUCCUGCAGCAACAGCAGGUCGCCAUUGAAGCUCUGCAGGUUUGCUGCCUGCUGCUUCCUCCAGCCAAUCGGCGUAAACUGCAGCUGUUAAUGCGACUGAUGGCUAAAGUCUGUGCCAACCCGACGCUUCCUCCUCUGAACAACACGAUAGGAGCACGUACCCUGAUGGUCCAAACCUUCUCGCGCUGCAUUCUGGGCUCAGCGGAUGAGGUGGACUUGGACGAGCUGUUGGCCACCAGGCUGGUCAUGUUUAUGAUAGAUAACCAGGACAGUGUGCUUAAAGUGCCAACCAACCUGAAGAAAUCUGUUGAGGAACAUCUGUCCCACCUCAAAAGGGCUCAGAUAAAGUAUGCAGGUGCGGACACGGACACGUCCAUGAUGUCUCCACCACACUCGUUCUGUAAACAGAUCAGCAGAGAGCAGUUUGAGCGUCAGAAAGUGUCCGCUUCACAAGGAGCCAUCGUGGAUCUUCUGGAAAACAUCAUACAAGACAAAAACAUGUCCAUAAAAGAUAAAAAGAAGAAACUUAAACAGUUUCAGAGAUCUCAUCCUGAUAUCUACCGUCAACGAUUUCCCACAGCAGAAAGCGAAGCAGCCGUUUUUCCAGAGAAACCCAAACCUCAGCUGAUGUUCCUCACAUUGAAGAAACCCUUUCAGCCCUUUCAGAGGAGCUGGAGCUUUCGUGCUUAAGUCUCUAGUGUGGUUAGUUUGUGGUUAGCAUGUCAGUUGGACAGCUGUGUAAAUUAUUAACAAGGAGAGUCGUUACUCAGUAUAUAAAAGACAGAUCUGUGUGUGGAGCCUUUUAGAAAAUAUUAGGAAAUAAGUUUCACCCCUCGUCUAAAUAACUUGAUGACUGGAUUGGUUAAAAUAAAGUAUAAUGCUGCGCAUUAUAAAUUGUUUAGAAUUGACCAGCAAUAGUUAAUGUUAAAAUUGUAAUUAGUUUAGUUUUGUAUUCAGUUAUCAUCUGUACUGUUAGUGUAUCAGCUGUCAAGAUCAUGUUGUUGUUAUUAAUAAUUCAUGCGUUGAUGUCUGUGGAUCAGAGGAGAUUUAUGCUGGUCAAAAACUCUCAAUUUAUACUCAUUGCAUAACAGAUUUAUGAUCUCUGUCUUAAUGUCAGACGAGGAGCUACAUCUACAAGCUGUACAUUUCAUUCAUCUUAGUUUUUUCUUUAAAGUUGUUUUUGCUGAUCUGUGUCCAUAUUUCUGAUUCUAUAAUAAGUUUUGUUUAUAUGUGUAUUUUAUUUGUUUUUUAAGUGUCUGUCAUGUUUGUAAAAUAUCACCUGGUACUAAAUGAAACACAUUUCCUUACAUUUUUAUAACUUUACUAUUUAUAAGGGUUUUUAACUCUGUACGGCCAUACAUACUGUAUAUAAACAAUUUAAUAUCUAGAAAAUAUUCACUCUUAUCAUGUAAUACAUAAAAAUAAUGGUCCUGAGAUCUCAAACAUGCAUUACAUCACACAAUGUUAAAUAAAUGUGAGUGAAUCUUCUGAACAAAGCUGGAGGUACUGUUACUGGACAUCUGCCCUGUGAU